CGUCCGCCUCUGCUCCCCCCGUCCCCCUUUCCGUCCGCCCGUCCCCGCGUCCGUCCGCCCACCCUCCGCCAUGCACAAGUCCCGGGACAGCCGGGACGACCUCCCGGACGACUUCUUCAUCCCGAUGCCCCUGGACGCGCCGAACCUGACGGCGCUGAGCCCCUUCCUGGUGCCGCAGACGCACCUGGGCAGCCCCAGCGUCUUCACGGGCAUGUCGGCCUUCAUGUUCCUGCUCAUCGUGCUGGGGGUGCCCAUCAACACCCUCACCGUCUUCUGCACCGCCAAGUACAAGAAGCUCCGCUCCCACCUCAACUACAUCCUGGUGAACCUGGCGGUGGCCAACCUGCUCGUCAUCUGCGUCGGCUCCACCACCGCCUUCUACAGCUUCUCCCAGAUGUAUUUCGCCCUGGGGCCCACCGCCUGCAAGAUCGAGGGCUUCGCCGCCACGCUGGGAGGCAUGGUGAGCCUGUGGUCCCUGGCGGUCGUGGCCUUCGAGCGCUUCCUGGUGAUCUGCAAACCCCUGGGCAACUUCACCUUCCGCGGGACCCACGCCGUGCUGGGCUGCAUCGUCACCUGGAUCUUCGGCCUCGUCGCCUCCGCGCCCCCCCUCUUCGGCUGGAGCAGGUACAUCCCCGAGGGGCUGCAGUGCUCGUGCGGCCCCGACUGGUACACGACCAACAACAAGUGGAACAACGAGUCCUACGUCAUCUUCCUCUUCUGCUUCUGCUUCGGGGUGCCCCUGGCCAUCAUCAUCUUCUCCUACGGGCGCCUGCUGAUCACGCUGCGGGCGGUGGCCAAGCAGCAGGAGCAGUCGGCCACGACGCAGAAGGCGGAGCGGGAGGUGACCAAGAUGGUGGUGGUGAUGGUGCUGGGCUUCCUGGUGUGCUGGGCCCCCUACUCGGCCUUCGCCCUCUGGGUGGUGACGCACCGGGGGCAGCCCUUCGACGUGGGGCUGGCCUCCGUGCCCUCCGUCUUCUCCAAGGCCUCCACCGUCUACAACCCCGUCAUCUACGUCUUCAUGAACAAGCAGUUCCGCUCGUGCAUGCUGAAGCUGGUUUUCUGCGGGAGGAGCCCCUUCGGGGACGAGGACGACGUCUCGGGCUCCUCGCAGGCCACCCAGGUCUCCUCCGUCUCCUCCAGCCAGGUCUCGCCCGCGUAG